CGUUCUCGCCAGCUGUACUGCAGACAGAGACGGACACCACAACAAUACAGACAACUUCCAGCGCUGAGGAACCCAGUACCAUAACCCAGACUGUCACGGCUACAGAAACAGUGACUCCUACACCGUCAGCCGGUGACCCUAUUCUUACGCCAACCACUUCUCCUUCGACACAGCCGGAUCAGACGUCCACCAUGACUACAGCCCCUGAGCAGGCUCCCACCGACACUCUAACUACACAGACAGCCACCGCGACCACUACCACAACUACGACUUCUACUUCUGAGCAGGUUCCUACUGAGACCCUGACCACUGAAACAUUCAGCAUGUCUACAACUUCUGAGCAAACUCCAACCGACACCCUGACUACUCAGACACCCACAAUCACUACAACAUAUGAUCAGGCACCCACCGAUACCCUGACCACCCAAACACCCAGCGCCUCUACCUCACCCUCAGACCCCUCGCCCACUACCUCGACAGUUUCAGAGACACCCAGCACCAGUGCACCUCCCCCUUCGACUCCCACCGAGCCAGCAACCCCGCCAGGGACGCUCAACACCGCCUCCGGGAACCGCACAGUCGACUACAAAAAGACGGUCGAGGGCAGCCGGACCGAGGAGAUCAACACGACGCACGCCUUUGACAAGUGGGAGAGCGGGACCAUCCAGUACGAAGGGCAAAUGAUCUACAUCGUCAACAAGACUACCGACCUCAACAUGACCAGCGAGAUCCUGACCUCGAUCGCCUUUGACAAGAAGACUCAGGGCCUCAACCAGAGCCUCGAGACCAACUCCACGCUGGAGCAGCAAAAGGUAACGGACGAUACCGGGAGCUUCGAGUCCAACAGGGUGACGGCGGGGACCCGCAUCAUCGACGGGGAGAAGUUUGCCGAGACGGUCAAGAGCUUCGAGGCCAACAGGACGGCGGAUGGCGUCGUUUACAACAAGACUACCGAGGGACACAGGUACCAGGAGGGCAACUCGACGACAGAGUCCUCCAAGAUCAUCACGAGUUAUGGCAAUGAUGGGCAUGUGGAGGUGUAUUGAGUGAAGAGACCAAGGGGCCUGGGUGGUUCGCGGCAGAGCAAACAUUCCGAAGGGCGAACGGUUGGGGGUCUCUCCCGUGUCUAAAGCAUACCAUCAAGGAGGACAGGAUAAGAGAUGAGUACUGCUAGCAGUCUGGGUUAUCGUUAUAGGGCCCGAAUAUGCACCGUAAAUCAAAAUUGCCUAAAUCAAGCCUGCAAUA